AUGGUCUCCCGCAUCCUCUUCUGGACUGGCUUCGGCGUCGCCACACGGCUGUGGCAGCUGGGUCUCGAGAUGCGACCACUCUUCAACCGGGGAUCACUGUGGGCAUACCCCGUCUUCGCAGGCUGCGGAGCAAGCUUCGGAUACUGGCUCCAGACCGUCGACGAGAAACAGACGGCUAUCCUCAGCGAACGCAAAGAAUCGAUCCUGGCGAAGCGAGCAAGGAGGGCAGCACGGGAAGCUGGGGCAGCCGAGUCGGCAUAG